AUGGCUGGUAUGGGUCCUGUGCCAGCUUCGCCUUGUGGGAGCCCUGUGUACCCGGACAAGGAGAGAAUCGGACAUGCUUUGCAUUUGCUCUGCACGGCCGCGCUGGUGUUUGAAGCCGAUUCCCUUGUGGCACUGAACUGUCGGAGAGCGUUGAUCAUUGUACACAAUCCAUUCACCCAGGAGGUGGAAAAACGAGCGGCAAAGCCAUUCCCAGCCUCACGCAUGUCGCAGAUUCGACUGACUGGGAACAAACUGAUAGUGAGUCAGGAACAUAUUGACUUGGAUGCGCUUGGAGCACAGCUGGAGAGCAGUUUCAGCCUUUUCACCGGCAAGGAGUCUGGAGCCGAACGCUCGGCGCUGUGGUGGCCCUGCACAGAGUUGAGGGUGCUGCAGCAGCAAACCUCCCAGCACCUUGCGGCCCUCGCCGACAUUCGCACGGACAACGCGAGCCUCAUCUGCCGGCACUUCCGGGCUCCGGCUUGGGAUGAUGGCGCCAACGAUUCGGAGGGAGCGGAGCCUGUGCACUCGCGUGUGCCUCGUUGCCCUCGCUGCGGCUGGGCCGUCGCUCGGGACCAGGACGUGCAGUCCGCGCUUCGCUUCCUGCAUCGGGACUUGCAAAUCUCCACGGAAGACCAGGCGGUUGGUCACGGAGAUGCCCACUUCAUCGAAACCUCAGCAGCUUGCGCUGGGCAGAUCGACCACCGCGCUGCGGAGUUCUUUGAGCUUUGGGCUGAUGGUGGGCUCGCUGCCACGCUCGGCCGUCUCGAUGCCCUGGACUGUUCCCCUUGCGAGCUCCAGGCCCUGGACCGCUUUGCGGCGCAGGUGCACGCGGAGUUCCUGGCUGCCUUGGCAGCGCUGCGCUGCGCCGACGCGUCUGGCGAGGCCCCGUCCGCACUUGAGCCAAAGUUGCUCAAGGCCGUUGAUGUCUUGGAGGAGGCGCUUUGGAAAGGCCUCGGCUUUCCGAGUCUCCACGAGGCUGCGGCAACCGCGGUUUUCGCGCUGCGCCGGGGCCGCUCUGCGGGCCUGGCCAGGCGCUGUCCUGGCAGCAGCCCCUUGCCAACGUAUGCAGCCGCUCUCGAUUCAACCCAGCAGGAGCUGACGCCAGCUUUUCAUCAUGAGCGCGAGGCCCUGCGCCGCUUCGCCAACGGCGAGCCCUUCGAGCCUUUGAGUUUGGCCCUGGCCUACGCUGAGCUCGCCGAAACGGACGUGGCAGCACAGGCGUUGGCUCUUUGUGCACUCUGGCUCCGCGAGGCGGCCGUCCACGGCUCAAGGGAAGCCCAGGUGGCCUUGCCGCUCGUGGUCCAAAGUGCCCACCGGCUUGCCGUGUCUAGCCUGCCACCAGCGUCACAGCUGAUUGUACUGAGGAGCUGCUCGCAGGCGCUGGCCUCAGGCACAGAGAGGGCCUUCGCUGCCCCUGCAAGGGCCGUUGCAGAGCGCUUGGAGGCCUUGGAGCGGCAGCUCCCUUUCACAUCGCCACCGGUGCCGUUGCUUGUGGCGUUCGGCCGGCUGGAGUCUAUCGCCGAACGGCUUCACCUGGCCUAUGCCCGCCUCCUCCAGACGGUGGGUCAGGAGGAGCUUCCCAUGGAUCCACAAGCAGUGGACACAGCCCAGCUGGGCCUCUUUGAAGCUUCUGCCGCUAACGGCAGAAGAGAGGAGGCUGCUGCGCUCCAUCCCUUUGCCGCCAGCGCAGCAGCGCAAGAGCUGGGCCAGGGUGCCGUGCGAAGCCUGCGCCCGGACGGCGUGCCUUUGUCCAGGAGCCCGUACAGCCGGCAGGAGUCGGUAGCCGAGUUUCUCGGCGUACGUUUCCACAAGCGGAGUGGCCUCAAAGAGGUGCUCUUGCGCCGUCCGACUGUGGAGGAGAGCGGUGGCCGCGCGUUUGCGUUCCAAGGCUCCGCCAUCACAGAGUCGGCUUUGCCCCCAAGCCUUGCAGCGGUGCUGCUGCAUGCAGCUGCUCCCGUAGGCGCCUCUUUGGAACCUCUUGGCGCAACGUCACCCCUUCGGCGGCUUGCCGUCUCUGGAGCAAUGCCCGGAAGCGAAGCAUCUGACUUGCUCCGCGAUGCCUUGCUGGAGCUUCAGCGGAUCACUGCAGACUCGGCGCUUUCGGAUGGAACCCUCCAGCUGCGCUGUGCCACUGUCGAGUUCCAGGCUCGCUUCAGUGACCAUGGGCACACGCUCGAGGCCUUGCUGUCUGAGCCGCAUCUGGAGAUUCACUCGGUGCCGGCAGGCCUCGUGCAGAACCUCUCGGCCUUGCUUGCAGCAGAGGAUGCUGUGGUGCAAGGGUUGGUGCCUCUCCGGGCCAUUUGCGGGCUCCGGGCUGCAGCACGGCUUCUGGCGGCACCCUACUCAUCACUGUCUGCAGGGGAGGUGUCCCCUCCACCGACUGCUGCAGCACGCGAGGCUGCUGUGCAGUGGCGCUCCUGGAAGGUGACCUGGCGCGUGAGAAGAGGGAGGUAUGGCUUCAACGGCUCGCCGCCGUCCACGAGGCAUUGUUGCGGGCGCUUGGAUUCCAAAGCCUCGAUCCAGGAAGCUGCUGGGAUGAGAAGAUGUUCACCUUUGCCGCCUGCUGCAGUGUCGGCGAGAACCAGGAGAACUGCUGGCAUGGCGGCUACUCCGAAGAAAGGUGCUGUCAGCCCCUCUCCGCACCUGAACUUCAGAGCGCUGAGGCCCUGA